CCCGUUUUUUUUUUUAUUAUUUUCUUUUUGUAUUAAAAAAAGCCACUCGCAAAAUGCAGGCCAUCAAAUGUGUCGUCGUAGGAGAUGGUGCCGUCGGUAAGACGUGCUUGCUCAUCAGUUAUACUACCAACGCCUUCCCCGGCGAGUACAUUCCCACCGUUUUCGACAACUACUCUGCAAAUGUGAUGGUUGACGGCAAGCCAAUCAACCUCGGCCUGUGGGAUACUGCUGGUCAAGAAGAUUACGAUCGUCUCCGCCCCUUGUCGUACCCCCAAACCGACGUCUUCCUCAUUUGCUUCUCGCUCAUUUCGCCCGCAUCGUUCGAGAACGUCCGCGCCAAGUGGUACCCAGAGGUCUCGCACCACUGCCCCAACACACCCGUCAUUCUCGUCGGCACCAAGCUCGAUUUGCGCGAAGACCGCGAGACUAUCGAGAAGCUCAAGGAGAAGAAGCUGUCGCCCAUCACCUACCCUCAAGGUCUGCAGAUGGCCAAGGACAUUGGCGCUGUCAAGUACCUCGAGUGCUCUGCCCUCACCCAGAAGGGUCUCAAGACCGUUUUCGACGAGGCUAUUCGCGCCGUCCUCUGCCCCACCAAGCCCCCAAAGAAGAAGAAGAGCUGCCUCAUCCUCUAAAGUGGCUUGUUUUUUCUUUUUCUUUUUUCUUUCCUCUUUCCUUCGCCUCUUCUCCCGUUCCUCUUGUGUAAUGUUUUCCUUCUUGUGUCGACCAUCUUUUUCAAGUUCCCGCACCGCUAUUCGGCCCUCUCGGAGCAUGUUUCGUCCUAUUCGUCCUUUUUGAUGUUUGAGCCUCCAAGUCCUGCGGAUCAAACCAUGCCCGGCAAACGCUUUUUUUUACCCCACCUAUCUUUCUCAGCAUUGUUUACUUUUCUCGUCACUUCCUCUCCUUGUUUCCGGACUGGCUUCCUUCGACCAACUCGACUGAAACAAAAACAAAAAAACAAAUGCCGAUUGUGUUGUGUCGGCGUUUCGCUCCAAACUCUUCCAAGAAACACUUGAUUCGUCAAUGCGCUCUGCGAGACUGGCUUCUCUUCCCUUUUUGUCGCGCUGACAAUGUGUGUGAACUGUUUUGUGUUGGUUUUUUUUUCCCCCUUUCCAUUUGUUCUUGCGGUUUUUUUAUUGUGUCUUGUGUGUGUUUGCUGUUUUGGCCCCCCUCAUUCCCACGUCCCCCCUUUUUUUGAAACCAUCGGGCAGUCAACGAAAAGCGGAAGGUUCUUUCCGUUUGUUGAGUUUUCGGUGGUUUUUGUCCCCCCACCAACCCGUUCUCUUAUCCAAUUGUGUUGUAGCUUUUCUCUAGCAACUAUAAACUACACUAUUUUGUGAAUUUUGCUC